CUCGCAAAAACAGACAUGUUUCACAGUUGUUAUUUGUAGUGGUUUAAGACUAGCGAUAUUCGAACGUUCUGUCUGUAUUGCGUCGCCGUGCAUACAUACACCUUUCUUUCAUUGCCUCACGCAACAUACCGGUAGGCCGAGUAGCAACGAUGUACCAGCAGAAAUAAGUGAUUUAAUCGGUUUUUGGUUCAAAGAACAUCCACAAGUCAACAUUUUAACCUGGCUGCAUGCUUUUUGUUAUUGUUGUAACAGUCCAUUCGAGCACCGAAUGGAAACUGUGUAAAUGUAGUCUAGUCGUGGUGUUCUCAUCUCAUUAAUUUGUCAUUAUUGUCAUGGUAGGCUAGUAAACAGUGCAUUGUUACACUGUUAUGGUUCAGAUUAAGGAAGGAGUCAAUUACAUUGUGUUCAUUUAAAGUUUUAUGAACUGAAAUGAGUCAUUUCAGAAUAUGGGAUUAGCCAAACUCCCUAAUUAUGUUCAUUUAAUUCUGACGUUGCCUAUUAAGGAUGUUGCCUGAUGUUGCCUAUUUCACUUGACAUGUUUUUGUUUCACAAGUGGCUUGCCUUAAACACAAGCCACUAUUGAUUAUGAGGUGGCUGUAUGUUGUCUACUCAGUCAAAGGAUCAGAGUUUAAAUGUAGUUCUAAAAGCAUAAGCUACAGCUAGCUAGCAUUGCAGUGCAUAAAAUGUGACUCAAAGAGAAUGAAAGACAAUAGUUUUACAGUUUGAACAAAUUAAUUUCUUUAAAAAUGAACGACAUGGAGAGAACUGUAUUUUGUUGUAUUUAUUUUUCACUUUCUCUUAGCUAGCGAAUGCAGCUAGAUAGUUUAGCCUACUCAAACAGAGAGGGAUGCUAUGUUAGCUAGCUGGGUAUGGCUAUACAACAUUGGAACUCUUCCAAGUCAAGUUUCAUCUGUUGAAAUGAGUGUGCGCGCGGGGCAGGGUAGCGAUGAGGUUCUGGUGUCCCAAGCGGUGUGGGACUACUUGGCCGCCGCCGGCCGGCCCUGGCUCAUAGACUUCCAGGACAAGCAGGGCCUCAGCGCAGGCAUUAUCCGCAGAGGGGAGCGGGGAGGCUGCUGCGCAGUGCGGCUACGCCCCGUAGAGGGCUCCCGUCCUGGGGGAGGACCAGGGAUGAUGGAGGGGGGACCCAUCUCCAAUGAGACACGCAAGUCUUUCAUAGACUUAUGCCGCUGUGCCCGGAAAGAGAUGAGCAAACAGGAGGGGGGUCCUAAGUGGAAGAGGUCUGUGCUGCCCUGUGUUGGGGUGAGGGUCCUGGAGGGGGAUGGAGAGGGGAGCCUGCUAACACCUCAGCCUCCCCAGCCCAGACGCUCUCAGAGGCAGCAACAGAGGUGUAGGAAGCCUGCGGAGGAUGAGGCCUGUGUGGUCCUCUCCAACUCCAUGAAUUCCAUGAACUGCAUGUCUCACGAUGCAUCAGGACAGAGGAAGCAGGACAACAUGGAAGUCAACUGCAGUAUGAUGGCAUCUUCUCAUAGCCACUCCCAGAGUGAAGCAGACGACCACACCUCAUGUUCCAUCUGCAUGGGAGACAUGGUGGAGAGGACCACGCUGGAGAGGUGUGGCCACACAUUCUGCCGGUCAUGUCUGGACCAGGCCUUCAAGGUGAAGAGAGCAUGUCCGGUGUGUCGUCUGGUGUACGGCCAGCUCAUAGGGAAUCAGCCGGCUUCCGGGACUAUGAUGGUGGAGAGGGACCCAGAUCUGGAGUUGGCGGGACACGAGGGCUACGGGUGUAUCUGCAUCAUCUAUAGCUUCACACCUGGUCUACAGGCGCCGGAGCACCCUAACCCUGGUGUAAGCUACCCGGGUACGGACCGCGUGGCUUACCUCCCAGACAGCCCAGAGGGGAACCGGGUCCUGGGCCUGCUCCGCCGGGCCUUUGAGCAGCGCCUCAUCUUCACUAUAGGGACCUCCAUGACUACGGGAAUGCAUAACGUCAUUACCUGGAAUGACAUCCACCACAAAACCUCCAUAUGGGGCGGACCACGCUGCUUUGGCUACCCAGACCCCACUUACCUGGUGAGAGUGACUGAGGAACUCAGAGAGAAAGGCAUCACUGCGGACUGACCGUCCAGAUUCCAGAAUGUUCCAUUCUAGGAACACUAGGAAUUCUAGGAACCUCUAGCUGUCCUGCUGCUGGUGGUUGCUAGGCUGCAGGCUCCUGGACCUAGACCCAGCAGGGCUGUGGAUGAAUUCGACAGGGGACAGGGCUUUUAGCCCCACAGCAGAAACAGGACCGCAAGACUCUCGUAUCACUCCAAGACCUCUUUUAUGUGGAAAAUCCUAACUUCCAUUUAAAUUGAAUUUUCAUUUAAUCAUGCAUUGAUGUCAAUGGGAGACCAUUUAACUUAAGUGGAAGUGAAAAUUUGUCUUAAGUGGAAUUUAGGUUUCACCCUUGUGUUCCUGUGUUAGGUAUCUAUCUUCUGAUCAAUCCAGCAGCACUUUGUGUGGAAGAAAACAUAAGUGAGAGCAAUGUGAUUUUCUGUGUGACACAAUCAUCUAUCUACCUUUCACCUGGUGUUGACAAUAGCAGGAAUUUUUUUUUGCUGAACUCAUCCGAGCAGUUAUAAUAUAGGGAUUUAAUAAGUUGAUAAGUAAUAAGUACUUAAAUAUUAUUUUGAAAUCUAAGUAAAAGAGAAGUCUAUUUUGCCUGAUAUCUUUAUUUCCAUGCUGGGGGACACGUUCUCUAUUUACCAGUUGCAAGCGCACAUUAUUGGUGGUUUUUCCAGUACGUUCGUAGAAUAAUUAUCUUUUUCUUUAAUAAUUUUCCGUGAUAACCUGUUACUUACAGUUUGUACAAAUACCAUAUCUGAGAUAGGUGGCAGGCAGAAUAGCACUGUCUGCUUUAAUAGAAAGCUUCAAACUAAAUAAUUUAAUUUCUCUAAAAGAUGUUGCAAUCUAAAGCACUCACAGGCACUUUGACCAAGGAAGUCGGUCAGUCGUUCAGUGGAGGGCUGGUUGUUCUCUGCAUAUCACUAGAAUGAGCAUUGUUCUCUGCUACCUUUUCAGGGAAGACUAGUCUAUGGAAUAGUGCUCUGAGCAAAUCGGGGAGGUGUUAGUCGUUAACAGCCCUGAAGCUAAUAGCCUGGUAAGCUAGAAGUUGAUGUCAAUUUGCUUUGAGCCCUUCAUUUCCCUUUUGAUCUUCCUCUCCUUUGAUUUCUUCACAUAGGAAGGUUUUCUAUUUGUGCUGGUCUAGGAUCGGUGUGGCCUUUUUUUAAAUCAUAAUGAAUAAAUGAGGGACCCUGAUCCUAGAUCAGCACUCGUACUCUUGAGACUCUUUUUAUGAAUACGGAACCAGGUUUUGAACUGCUUUGAGUUCAGUUCAGUUUGAUGUCCAGUCAGUCAUUGGUCCUCGUUUCCUAAUGACCAGAUUUACACGAUGAUGUCAAAUGAGAAGGGCAAGAUGUUGAACCACUUAAACCAAAUCAAAGACAGAAAAGGGCUCUGAAAUAAUUAACUAUGUAUCUGAAAUGGCACUCUAUUCCCAAUAUAGUGCACGAGUGCUGAUAGGAGCCAAUAGGGCUCUGGUCGAAAGUGGUGCACUAUAUAGGACCCAUAGGACUGGUUAAAAGUAGUGUACUGUGUCGGGAAUAGGGUGCCAUUUUGGACGCCAGCCCUGUCUGACCAGAUGUUUGAUUGUCUCAUAAAUAAAGAGGUAUCUAUCUGCUGUAAUUAAAGUUUGUCUUAAGAGAUAAUCUAGGAUUAACAAUAAGUACCUGUAAUAUGAAAAUGUUAAGGAGAAUACUGCAGUCCCUUAUAGGUGUAUUGUCAGUGAUUUAUUUAAUUACCUUGUUUUGAUACAUUUCUCAUUGUUAGCGUGCCUUCUAUUCAAGUUUUGAAGAAAAUGUAGCAUGUUGAUACUAAUGAAUGAUAAGCAAUUCUUUAGUAGACUGUAUCAAAUUGUUAUUUGGAGGGUCAGCCACAGCAGGAAUUAUGUUUGUGCUUUGUCUGCCUUUCUACAGUUUGAGAAUAUAGAAACGGAUGUGUAUUUGAUGGAACCUCUGUUAUAAACAGUCGAAGUAGUCCAAAAAUGUAGCCUCACUUAUAUGAUCAAGCUGUGUGUGAGUGAUUUAUAAAUGAAACACCUUUUGAUGAGAAGAAUAUGCAUAUAGUCCAGUCGGUGUUAACCUCUUAUCUGUCUGCAUUCGGAUGAUGUGAAAGAAUUUACUUGGCCCAUACAUUAAAUAUCCCUUGCUACGACCCAAAUGGCACCCUAUUUAUGAUAGCAAAAGUAGUGCACUACAUAGGGUGCCAUUUGUGACUUGGCCUUUUCCCCCAUCUCUUCGUAUUUUUAUUGUUUAGGGACCAACUUGAAUAUCUUUGCGAGACAGGAAUAGUAGUUCAAAUCAAGCUACCACGCAAAUAUUUCUAUGCAGUAAACUAUGUAAGUGAACUGGGGGUUGGGGUACAGGCAGGGGAAUGAAUACUGAAAAGGAUUGUGUUGCCAAUUGAUUGUGAAAAGUUAAAGAUUUGCUUUUCUAAUUGUGUUCAUUUGUGUUUGUCUGUUGAUGUUAAACAAUUAUGUGGUUUACAUUUUAAUACUUGAAUAAAAAAGGUUAUGUUCUGUUUAUG